AUGGCGCAUGCUUGUAUGUUACGCCCUGUCACCCUCAUCACACCCGGGGGUCCCCGUCCCCCCCCCGGGGCCUCUCGCCCGUUGCCUAGCGACGCGGCCACGCACUGCGGCCUAGGCCGCCAUCUGACAGCCACCUACGUGCUUAGCAAGCAUCCUUUCACCGUGGACAAGUAUUUUCUUUCCUGUCUUGUCAAGAGGAUUGUGGCCUACAGAGAACUGGAGAGCAUUAUGGAAUCUGCAGAAGAGUUAAUUAAUUUUAAUGUCGGUGGCUGGUAUUUCUCAAUUCCCAAAAGUAAAGUCGCUCAGUUUCCUGAAUCUCUGUUGUGGAAAGAAGCUUGUGUACAAGAUCAGUCUGAAAAUCUAAGAUUAUUUAUUGACCAAGAUGGUUUUAUAUUUAGACACCUUCAUUAUUACAUGCAGACUUCAAAAUUAUCUUUUUUCAGCUGUGCUGAAUUGAACUUAUUGUAUGAGCAAGCAUUAAUUUUGCAGCUGACACCUUUAUUACAGAUUUUAGAUCAUUUGAAGGAGGCGAAAUAUAAUUUACGUGUCCAGCCUGCAGAUACACCAGCAGCUGAAAGAACAUCUCUGAAUUACUGGAGAACACGCAAAUGUACCAGCAAGCCAUCAGAGACUCCUCCUAACAGUCCAGCAUUCACAGGGUUACAUGAAAGAGCUCCCCUAGGGCUAGUGGAUACACCUUUACUAGAUACGGAAGACGAAGUGAAUUACUGCUUUUUGCCACUAGAUUUGGUGGCAAAAUAUCCUGUACUAGUUAAGGAUGACAAUUUGCUGUGGCUGCUUGAGAACGCAGCCCUGAUCGAGUGCGAGUGCAGUGAGUUCCGCUUCAUAGUUAAUUUUCUUCGCUCAGAGAAGAUGUUGUUGCCUGAUGACUUCUCCAACAUAGAUGCCUUGGAGGAAGAAGUUUUAAUUCUGGGAAUUCCUGAGCUUAUAGACGCUGUGAAGAUCUAUAGAGGUAAUAUAAUGGCCAACUACCCGGAUUCGGCUCUGGGACAGCUCUGCGUAGGCAGUGACCUGGGCAGGAGCCGCCUGCACCUCUCCGGUGACGGCAUCCUCUUCCAGCACGCCAGGAAUUGGCUGGGAACUUGCCGACUUCCUCUCACUGAAAAUAUUUCUGAAAUCGAAGAGGUCUGUGCUUAUUUGGACAAAAGGGACACCACAUAUGAGCCAAUGAAAGAUGCUUUAAAACGCUAUCUGAAACAACAGCUGCCAGCAGAGAGCAGAGAUUAUGACGCAGACUGGACAGCAGAAGUAUCCGUAUGCUCACUCCGCCAGAUUGUGAAAGUUUAUGUAGGAAGUAACUGGUAUGAAACUUACUUACAGACUUUAUUGAAGUACCCAGAGCUGCUGUCAAAUGACAAGAAAGUCUGUUGGAUCACGUAUGGUCAAAGUCUUCUAAUCCAUGGAGAUGGGCAAAUGUUUCGGCACGUUCUCAACUUUCUAAGACUUGGGAAAUUGUUUUUGCCAGCUGAAUUUAAAGAAUGGCCCCUCUUUUGUCAAGAAGCAGAGGAGUACCAGAUCCCUUCUCUUUUAGAGGCACUUUAUCACUCUGAUGCAUACAGGGAGGGUGUCAGCGUCUCCAUCACAUACACCAAAGGCCUCUACCAAAGUAAAACUACUGUGGAUUGGUCCCUAGAGUUCUUUGCUAGAUCCUCAGUCGGCUCCAUAGAUCUGAAGGGAAAGCAAGACACCAGUGGGGAGAAGACGAAGUAUCCCAGAAUGAUUUCACAGGUGAGAGGGACAAAGCGGAGGAAUACGCCUGGAGGAUACGACGCAUCCUCGGACAGCCUGGUAAACCCCAGCUAUUACAAACAUUUGGUAAGCCCUCCGAGGAAGAGGGGCAUGAGAAGCGGUUUAACAAAGAAAGUAGAAAGUAAAGACUCGGCAAGUCACAUCCAGAAAUUAAUUUCCCUGGUAAAGGAAUGGGACGCGGCGAGCUCCAAGAGGUGCGAUUUUCGGCACGUGAGAACGUCCGACGGUCGUAUCGCAGGGAGUGUAUCUCAGUGCAACACUCCUGAAAAGGACCGGGGUGUCAAAGCUCCCAUCGCCUCCUCUCCUGGGAGAAGAAGCUUUGCAGUUCAAGGAGAGAGAAGAAGCUUUGCAGUUCAAGGAGACAAUCACAUCACCCGAUACGAAGGCGGGGCCGAAGGAAAGCAGCCGGAGCAACACGUCUUCACACAGAGUUUGCCAGUUGCUCCAAGUGCUGGAACGUACCAGUGUGGCACCGUAAAACCUACUCCCGCAGCAGGAAACGAUGCAGAGAACACAAGCAGGGAGCAACCGGAAGAAAGUUUUCCCGGUGAAGGAAGAGACAAGACCUUGCAAAUGAAACUCAUCCGUCUAAAAGACAAAACGAGGGACAGCAAAGAAACCGACGUUGUUCCGGCAGACCGCCGAAAUGUGGGAUUGAUUCUUACCGUUGAACAUCCGCCGGUCGUAGGCAGCGAUGGCUUUUGUACAGGCGACGAAGAGAGUGUCGUUUACAGCGCUCUGCUGGACGGCAGCCAGCUGGCCACCCCAAACGCUCAAGCACCGUCCGAAGAUAUAGUUUUUGCUAGCUUUGCUCUCUCGCACGAGGAGAUAUUUUACGCCAGGAAGUGCCACUUUUUCCUGACCGAUGUCAUCCUGGACUCAGUAAGGCAGAAGGAUCCCAAAGAAAUCACAGCCAGGGUCGGGACCCUCGUGAACAGGCUUUGGGCUAAAUGCGGCACCGCUGCUCUCCCAUCUGGGGGAGCCGAUUUACAGCGCGUCAGAAACCAGGAGUAA